AUGCCUCCUCCUCCGCCGGUCCGCCCGAGCACUCCGCGGCUGUAGAGGCUUUACCGCGGUGUGUGACGGCUCAGCUCCUGGCCUGCUCCGGGCGGCGUCGCCACUCGGGCUCCGGCAGAAAGCAACUUUGUUGUUAAUGGACGCGGCGGCGGCAGGGGGAGCGGCAGAAGCGGCAGGGGGAGCGGCAGGGGGAGCGGCACCAGAGGCGGCAGACGCGGCGGGCGGCUUGUUCUACUUUCGUCUUUAUCUGUAGCAGCGAGAGCAGCAGCAGCCUGAGAGCCCCCCUCCCCCGGGCAGCGUGUCCCCCUUCGCCCGCUCGUCUGGCUUCCAUCUCCUCCACCUCCUCCUCCACCUCGUCCACAAACAGUCCCAUUUAGAACAGCAUGGUCAUGGCUGACAGUGUCCAGAAACCGCUGACCCGGGGUCCGGUCCGAGUGGGCUUCUACGACAUCGAGCGCACUCUAGGGAAAGGCAAUUUCGCCGUGGUGAAGCUGGCGAGACACCGCAUUACGAAGACCGAGGUGGCCAUCAAGAUCAUCGACAAGACCCAACUGGAUGCUGUGAACCUGGAGAAGAUCUACAGAGAAGUUCAAAUCAUGAAGAUGCUGGACCACCCCCACAUAAUCAAGCUCUACCAGGUGAUGGAGACGAAAAACAUGCUUUACUUAGUCACGGAGUAUGCCAAGAAUGGGGAGAUCUUCGACUACCUGGCAAAGCACGGCCGUCUCAGUGAGCCUGAGGCAAGGAGGAAGUUCUGGCAGAUCCUGUCGGCAGUGGAGUACUGUCACAACCGCAACAUCGUCCACAGGGACCUGAAGGCGGAGAAUCUGCUGCUGGAUGGCCAUAUGAACAUCAAGAUUGCAGAUUUUGGGUUCGGAAACUUCUUCCAACCCGGCGAGCCUCUAGCCACGUGGUGCGGCAGCCCGCCAUACGCUGCUCCAGAGGUUUUCGAAGGACAACAGUAUGAGGGCCCACAGCUUGAUAUAUGGAGUAUGGGGGUGGUGCUAUACGUGCUGGUCUGUGGUGCAUUGCCCUUCGACGGGCCCACGCUGCCUGUGCUCAGACAGCGAGUCCUAGAAGGAAGGUUUCGCAUCCCCUACUUCAUGACUGAAGACUGUGAGCACCUGAUCCGCAGGAUGUUGGUUCUGGACCCGUCAAAGCGUCUGUCAGUGGCCCAGAUCAAGGAGCACAAGUGGAUGGCUCUGGAUAUUCCAGUGCAGAGGCCCGUCCUCUACCAGCAGCCCCUGUCUGCCGAGGCAGGUGUGGGAGAGUACAGUGAGCAGGUCCUACGCCUGAUGCACAGCCUCGGCAUCGACCAGCACAAGACCAUAGAGUCUCUGCAGAACAAAAGCUACAACCACUUUGCUGCUAUCUACUACCUGCUGGUGGAGCGGCUCAAGGCCCAUCGCUGCAGCUUCCCCGUUGAACAGCGACUCGAUGCCCGCCAGCGACGGCCCAGCACCAUCGCCGAACAGACCGUCGUCAAGUCGACCAGUGCAUCAGCCCAGGUGGGUUUGCUCCCGCAGGGUGUUCGUCUGCUGCGCUCCCCAGCUGUACCCCAAGCCUCCUCUGAUGCUUUCACCUUCCCGCAGACUGCCUCACCCCUGGAGCAGAAUUUCAUGGUGGAGGACAUCAACACACCCAAAGUGAAUGGCUGCCUGCUGGACCCCCUGCCUCCUCCCACUGUCCUACGCAAGUCCUCCACCUCGUCGCCUAGCAACAUGAUGGAGACGUCUAUCGAUGAGGGCAUCGAGACUGAGGAGCCCGACACGGAGGAAGAUCCGCACCACUUGCUCAUGGCCUAUCAGACGGCUCGGUUCGGCCAGCGGCGACACACCCUCUCUGAGGUCACCAACCAGCCAAACCAAGGUAAAUUAUUCACUCUAGGCCACAACCCUUCCAUGGGUAGCGUGGACUCAGACAUGGGCUACGACAUGGGCUCCAUGCAAAGUGACCUUGGUCUGCUGGAGGAUCCCCCCUCUCUCUGUGAAAUGCCCAACAGCUCCGCCCCUGGUGUCACUCCUACGUCGUACUCGAGCACUCGGCCCCCCAACCCAGCAAUGGCAGCCCUGACUUCCCAGCACAGGGAGGCACACAACCGCUCCCCUAUCAGCUUCAGAGAAGGACGCCGAGCCUCCGACACCUCCCUCACCCAAGGUCUGGUUGCGUUUCGCCAGCAUCUCCAGAACUUGGCGAGGACCAAAGGCAUCCUGGAGCUGAACAAAGUACAGAUGCUGGUGGAGCAGAUGGGCUCCGGGGAAGGGGCCAUCAUGGGGCCCCUGGGACCACAGCACCACUUGCACAACCUCCUGGAGGGUGAGGCAUCCAAGCAGCAGGAGGGCCUAGCUUUUUACCAAGGCGCGCCACAGCCGCCUCUCCUGUCCCGCAGACAGAGUUUGGAGACACAAUUUCUCACUCAUAGACUUCAGAAGGCUAGCGUCCUCGCAAACAGUCCUGCUAGCUGCCAACUUUUCUGUAAGGAGACUCCUCGAAGUUUAGAGCAACAGCUGCAGGAACACAGACUGAACCAGAGGAGGAUGUACCUGCAGCAGCCACAGGGCAUGGGGCUGCAGACCUAUUUCAACCAGAUGCAGAUAGCUGAAGGGUCGUACCCUGCCCUGGACCUAGCAGCAUCUCAGAGUUCCCCACAGGGCCCCGCCAUUUCAGCCGCACAUCAGCCUCAGCCCCAGCAGCCGGGCAGUCCUCAGACCUCGCCUUCUUUCAGCCACCCCCUCAACCUGAGCCCCUUGAUGGAUCCGGGUGAGGGCCUGGUUUAUGACCCCUACAUGAGCCACCACCACUACACCCAGCACCUUCCCGCUGCGUCUCACCUCCACCACCAGCUUCACCAGCCUCAUGAAGCCUCUGCCAGUGGCCUGGGCUUCAGCUAUACCACAUGCUGUGAGCAGCAGGCCAUUGGCCCUUCCACUGAGGCUCUUCACCCAGAGCAGUAUGAGUUCCCGCUGGACCCCACCAUGCUGGUCCUUGCUCCAGGAGAGGCUGAGGCUGGAGCUGCUGGUGGGGGUUUUGCUGGUCCGGGGCAGUCAGGCGGCCUGAACCUGCCCGAGCUGCAGAGCUCCCUCCUGGACAGUGAGAUGAUGGAGACUGUGGACUCCCAGCAUGGCUUCGUACUGGUUAACUAAUGCCAGCUGAGGGGGUUAAUACAAAGUGGUGUUAAGCAAUGAGAACCUACCUAGCAUUGAACCAGACAGAAUGGAGAUAUAAGUGGAGGCCAGAAGAGUAGCAACAGGGAAGGAAAAGUGUUAAUUUUUGUAUGACUAAUACAAACUUAAUUUCUUAGUUGUGAUGAACCUCAGACAACAUUUCUACCAAAUUCCUUCCUUAGCCUACCUCCCUUUCUCCUUCUGCUCCUCUGUUCUCGUUCUCAUCAGCCCUGUGAGGCAGGAGCGGGUCCGAUACGUGGUGCAGCGUGAGCUUCGCCAACCUGACUCUGCGACGCCGUUGUUGCCAAGGACGUUGUGCCACCUGCGAGGACUGCAACGUGCAGCCCGGCAAGGGGAAGGGGGGGGGAAUGCUGCACAUCCUGGAGUACAGCAUUUCACCUACUAAUGGGUUGAAAGUGAACUUAUUUCAGACUGACUGGCAACCAAAAGCACAAUGGCUAGCAGUGCUGUUUGUAUUUAAAUAGGACACCACAUCUACACACAUCUCAAAACACUUUUGUGCUUUUUUUUUAUUUUAUUUCAGUAGAUUAAAAAAAACAAGUGAUGUAGAUAAAAUCGCCCUCAUUUAUCAUGGUACCAUGGAUAGCUCCACAAAUUCAAGUGUUAAAAGUCUGACUUCUAAGAAUCAUUUUACACUAAUGUGAGUGCACAGGCUAACAUAUACAUCAUGCAUAGGUUUCAACACUAACAUUGAGAGUUUUCCUGCAGAAAAACCACAGGUAUCUAAGUUUGUUAUUCACUUGCAGUACUAAUAAACAUGCUGAGCGCUGGUGAGGGAUGCACCAUUGAUUUGAGCUUUAGCUACAUUUGUGCUUAUAACAGUGAUAAACUCUCUCCAAGCUAUAUUUACAGUUAAACUAAACUAAUGAAAAUAAUAGAUCUAGCUGCAGACGUUUGUGUCAGCGAUGUGACAUAAAUAAUACAGUUGUUUUGUUUGUUUUCUUCGUGGUAUUUGUAACUUGUAACUACUGAUCCUGAUUUAUUUCUUACACUACUGAUCUGCGUCUCCUCCUUUCCAUCCGACUGCACACACAUGAGGCCGGGUCUCAUUACGCAAAAUGCGAUGAGGAUAAUUUUACCAGUCUUUAAAAGUGGCCGCGUGUCUGUUUUAACAGUUGACUUGUGGGUCAUGCGCACGCCUGAUAAAUGAGGGCUGACGUAAUCACUCGUGUGUUUGGUUGAGAAGUUGCGGUGUUAGACAGUUGAUAUUAUUCUAUUUUUGUGGCAAUACUGAAGCAAUAUUAAUCCUUAAUGUCAAGGGAUUAUGAAUGGAAGCCUCACCUGUACAGCCAGCUCUGAUUGGUUCCCGGGACCUCUGAGUCGUCAGCAGUGACCUCACUUGAGCUGAUGAUGUAACCAGGAGAUAAUCUGUCGCUCGCUCGCCCUGGGUGGACGAGCCUGGAGACAGUUGUAUGAAUGUGUGUGUGUGUGUGUGAGACUAUUGUUUGUUUGCACAAUUCAGACUUCAAAUUUUUCUGCAUCCAUCACAUCAUUUGUAGUCAUUACUGAAGAAGACGAACACUGUAUUGACGCCUCCAUUCAAAAUAGCACAGACUGUGUUUUUCCCUCAGCGCACAGUUGUAGCUCAUGAUGAAUUCUGGUUUACAUCGUCAGUGCUCCAGUCAUGCCUCUGUGUUGUUUUAAUGAUGUAACAUGUUUGUAAUAAUGGAACGACCCCGUAAAGAUUCCCUGCAUUAGAUUUAAUGAAAGAAUGUCUCCUCUCUGAUGUUGUGGUUGCUGUGAGACAAAGACCAGAAGAACAUCAUCGGUCGCCUGACACUGGAUUUUGACGAUUGUCUCACCACCGCCGCUCUUUGGCUGACAGCAUGCCAGCAACAAGACGAGAGAUUGUUUUUUUUGUUUUGUUUUUACGUAGAGUGUGUUCAAACUACUGGAAGUGCACAGAUGUAUUUUCUCUGACGGAUAAAAAACAACCUUUCAUUGGAAUAACAGGACAGUUAACGUCAGAGAGUGGAGAUGAGAUUGUUUGACUGUGACCAUCUGCCAUCAGAGUGCGUGACCUUUAGUGGUCAUGGGGUAAACCGUGGAAGCUGUUUGUCGUCAUGUGAGCUCCCAGACAACGCGCUCACUCUGUCUGUACUGAGCAAAUCUCUCACAGCUCACAUCAGAGUCUUUAAAGUACAGAUGUGGUUCGACAAGGAUUCUUAUUAGUUUUAAUGAUGGUUAGAAAAUAUGGACCAACUGUUGUUGCAGUCCUGUGCAAGAAUAUAAGGAAAAAUCCACCCUAAAAUGCUUUGAACACUGUUUCACAACAGAUCAGGGAUGUUUUUGUCUUGAUCAAAAAAGAUUUCAGAAAACUCAGUAGAGCUCAAACUACCACCUAGGCCCAGCAGUUCCUUUGAAUUUAGUCAGGCUGCACCAAAUUACACAUACUCAUAGAUAUUAGUACCUGAUAUAUGUCAGAUUUUUUUCACAAGAUCCAUGAUUAUUCUAGGAGAGCAGGUUAAAUAGUUUAAAGGUUCAGUGUGUAGCAUUUAGUGACAUCUAGUGGUUAAGUUUCAUGUUGCAGCUGAACACCCCUCACCUCACCCUCCCCUUCCAAACAUGAGAGAGCCUGUGGUAGCCUUCAGUUGUCAUAAAAACUCAAAAGGUGUUUAGUUUGUCCAGCCUGAGCUACUGUAUAAAACAUACCCACUCCUGAUGUGAAUAUAAAGUAUUUCAAUAUAAAGGAGCCAUUAAUGGUUGAAAAAAACAACAAUUCGUACAAUUUAGAUGAAACACCAGUGAAAACAUCACUAGGAUUAUUUUAUAUAAGAUUUGUGUUAAUUAAUCCCUUUCACCUAAAUCCUACACACUGAACCUUUAAUAAACACACCAUCUCUCGAUGCCAGUGAUGACAAAUUCCUGGAUCAGCACCAAAAUGUGAUGGGUUCUUCCUUGACCCAUGUCAUAUCCUUCAAGCAAGUUUCAUGGAAAUCUGUUUUCUAGUUUUUGUGUAAUUCUGUUCACAAUCAAACCAACAAAACAUUUUGUCGAGGGCCAGUACGACUUAUUUUGACUGUUGGCUUUGUUUGAGCAACAGUCUAAACUCAGAACAUAUUGAGUUUAAGACAAUUCUGGAUUCACGUUUUGGUACUUACUCAUAAAGAUGAUAAUCAAUACAUUGAUUAUCAGAACUGUGUAUUAACUCUUGAGGAUAACUGAUCAAUUCAUACAGUAUCACGUUGAGGUAUUUUUGGAAUUUUCUGUGGACGUAAGAGCAGAAGACUUUGUAAGUCACCGUGCAGCUCUGACGUUUAUCUGUCACAGAUGCUAGCAACUUCUCUAACAAUGGCUUACAUGCACCAGACUCUGGCCACAAGAAAUAUUGCACAAAAGGUCUCAUGGCUGCUUUGACAUUUCCACUCUGAAAUGUACUAACCAGUCGGCUAGAUGCAUGUUUUUAUAUAAUCAUGUGACCAGCUCACACCCAGUCUGUGAGCCAGAGAGAAGGAAGUGAAGAACGGUGUUAGGCAGGUCCAACAUAGAAACUUGUUAAAACAUGACAGUGUCAGAGAAUUAAAGGGUGGAUUUCGCCUUUACGUGAAUGUUUAUGAUUGUUUUCUUUUCAUUUUUAUUUGUCAAUGGUCAGGCUAGAACAGCUACAGGAUGAUCUGUGGAAGUUGAAUACUGGAGCACUUUGACAACGGGGGGGAGGAGAGAUGUAGCGGGGAGAGAGGAGGUGACGGCGUUGGAGAUGGAAAAGGUUUGUGUUGCUCUGCCGUUUCCUGGCAGAUGAAACGAACCACAAUCUGUAGGAAACACCUUUUCCCCUCUCUCUUCCCCACCAAUAAUGGACACAAAACAGAUUUCUUUCAAAGAAAGACCAGACAUAGAAACACUUUAUCUGAUUGUUGAUUUUUAACCCGAGAGAGAGAAACGCUUCUCCGUCGACGAGUGUUCUUUGUACAAAUUUUAGGGAUGUAGUGAAUCUUCAGUGCACGUUGCACCGAGGUUAAUUUUGUGUUGAACGUGAAGUGUUCAGUGUGCCUUUUACUUUUUCGUAUUUUCAAUCUUAACUCAAGAUUUUGAAUAGAACCAUUUUUUCUGCUCGGACCCUUUUAUUGUUUAUUUUAUUAUGAUUACGUCUUUCUUUUCUGUAGUUUUUUUUGUUUUGUUUCCGAAAGUUAUUAAGUAGAGCCAGGUUUUACAAAGGUACAAAACCAAAGUCCCUCAGAAGUUUCCCUGUACAACCCACCAUGUGGAGUUCUGGAGCUUCUCUGUCAGCGUCUCUACUGUGCUUUUUUUCUCGUUGGUCAAUCAGUGUAUGCCAUUUAAAAGUAUUAUAGCAAUAUUUCUCUAGUUGAAGACUAAAGUCAUGAAGAUUCUAGUGGACGUGUCUCCGAGUAUCAUAAUUUCACCUCCUGCUGAUAAAACACAAACAUCAAUCUAUCAAUAGAAAUCCAGUUUUAUAUUUACCUUUAUUGAUGUUGACCACACAUAAGCUAACUUGCUGUUGAGAUUAAAAAAAAAAGGUUUAUUGAACAGAA